AUGGCCAGAGAAACAACCAGAAAAUGUUCUCACUGUGGGAACAUUGGCCAUAACUCAAGAACUUGCAAUGGCAAGGGAUGUUUUAAGCUUUUCGGUGUUGAACUUUCUGAUCAGAAUCAGGAUCAAUCCAUUAAGAAAAGUGCGAGCUUUGGAAAUUUACAGUCUCUUUUUGCGGAGCCACACAACUCCCAUGGAGAUGGUGACGGUGAUGGUGAUGAUGGAUAUCUCUCUGAUGGACAGGUCCAUUGUAAGAGAGCCAAGACUGCACGUGAAAGGAAGAAGGGGAAACCAUGGAAUGAGGAUGAACAUGUGAACUUCUUAGCUGGAUUGAAAUUGCUGGGGAAAGGUGAUUGGAAAGGCAUUUCAAAGAAAUUUGUACCCACCAGGACCCCAACUCAAGUUGCAAGUCAUGCACAAAAGUAUUUUCUUAGACAGGGCUUAAGCGAUAAGAAGAAUCGAAGAGCCAGUGUCUUUGACAUUCCUUAUUCAGAAUCUGCUCCAGCUCCUCCUAAAGAUUCAUUGCCUCCGAUUUCAGAGAAACCAGUUGCUGAAACUUCAUCACAAGUAAAUGCACCACCAUCUUCAAUUAUGCCAUUGAAGAGUACUUUUGAAAUGCCAUUGCAGGCUAAUAACUUAAGUCAGAUUGCAAAUCAAUUCCCAAAUCUCUGCUUGAAUGCUGUUCCAAUUGCUCUAACUUCUAGCAAUCCGAAUUACUCGGCUUUCCCUUACGGACUGGAAACCCCUUGCAAUGGUCAGAGGUUUAGAGGAUUUCAGGCAAUGAAUUAUCAGAGGCCGGGUUAUGUCUACAUGCCUCCUUGUGCACCACUUACAACCCACCACCCCUCUGGUAUUCCUCCACCACCACAUUCAUCUCAAGAUGCUCCAAGAACCUUCAAAAGAGCUUCUACAACUUCAACUACAAAAGAUUCUUUGGAACUUAAAAUUGGACCCCCUGAAUCCCCGCAAAGAGCUGAUCUAUCUUCUGGAGCAAUUCAAGUCGUAUGA